UUUCACACUCUCACCACUGUUAAAUGCCAACGGUACUGUUCUUCUUCGACUUCAAAUCUAAUCUCUUUAUUUUUCCCAAUGGAGAAAGUUUCUGUGCUCUGUUUGUUUUUCGCUCUCUCCCUUUCAUUUGCUUGCGCUGGAGCAGAGAAUGAUCUGUAUUCAAAUGCAGACCUUACUCUGGAAACUGGGCUUUCAUGGACAUUUUAUAAGAGCACCUGCCCCAAACUGGAAUCCAUUGUCGAGAAAAGAAUCAAGUUUUAUCUAAAGAAAGAUAUUACUCAGGCCGCCGGUUUGCUUCGUCUUCACUUUCAUGACUGUUUUGUUCAGGGCUGUGAUGCUUCUGUUCUGUUGGAUGGAUCAGCAAGUGGGCCAAGUGAACAGGAAGCCCCUCCAAAUUUAACGUUACGGCAAAAAGCUUUUGAAAUAAUAAACGACAUUAAAGAGCAUGUGGAUAAGGCCUGUGAUGAAGUCGUGUCCUGCGCAGACAUUACUGCUCUGGCGGCUCGCGAUUCAGUCUCACAGACUGGAGGGCCAAAAUACAGUGUGCCUCUAGGGCGGAGGGACAGCUUGGAGUUUGCCACUAGAGCUGCGACACUUGCAAACCUUCCGGGACCAAACACCACUGCCUCAGCCCUCAUUGAUGCUCUUGCUGCCAAAGGCCUUGAUGCCACCGAUCUUGUCGCUCUUUCAGGGGGGCACACCAUAGGAAUAGGGCACUGUGCGUCAUUCGAGGAACGACUAUACCCAACACAAGAUAGUACUCUUGCCAAGAGCUUUGCAAAAAACUUGAAAGUCACCUGUCCAAGCACAAAUGUCACCAACACCACUGUAUUAGAUAUCCGCUCACCCAACAUAUUCGACAACAAGUAUUAUGUGGAUCUCAAGAAUCGGGAGGGCCUAUUCACAUCUGACCAAGAUCUUUAUACAGACUCUCAAACCAAACCAAUCGUCAAAGAGUUUGCCCACGAUCAAGAUCUCUUCUUCGAGAAGUUUUCUUUGGCCAUGGCAAAAAUGGGUCAACUGAGUGUAUUGACAGGCAUAAAAGGAGAAAUUAGAAUCAAUUGUUCUGCUCGUAAUCCAACACCUUCUAUUACCACCGUGGUGGAAGAAGAUGCUGAUUCUGCAGAGCUUUAAUCCUUAACCACUUUAUAGUUUGUUUUUUUAGAGUAGAAUAUUAUUCUAAUAUUGUAGAUAUACUAUUAACCUAAUAGUGUUGAGAAAAAUGUUACUUUUAACUAUUCCAACUACAACUUUAGCUUAAAUAAAAUAAUCUCACUUUUAUGAA